GUGACGUUGUCAUUAAGUCUCACACGGAAACGUCAGACAACAAAAUAAGGUGGUCUAUUUUUUUAUUUGGAUAUACUCCUCUUACUUUUCCUGCUGGCAAAUAUUUUCGUAGAUCCACAAUAGCAUGCUCGGGUUGCCAUAAAGGCACUGGAGCUACCUCAGCUAGCUUAAAUUUGACAGCCAACGUAAGCUAGCGCUGCGAGGUGUUUUCACCCCGCUAGUUGUGAGAAGUAUAUUGUUUACGCUACAUACAGGAGUUCGGAGUUAGCAGUAAAUGGCCUGCACUUUAGAAAAAGUGUUGGGUGAUGCUCGGACUCUACUCGAGAGGCUGAAAGAGCACGACACGGCGGCGGAAGGACUGAUAGAACAGUCCGGGGCCCUCAACCAGAGAGUGCAGAGCAUGAAAGAGGUGGGAAAUGCCCUUCCAGAAAAGCACACAGAAGACACUUCAGUUAUUCAGGAGCUCACUAAAUACAAACCCCAUGUCCUCCUGACUCAAGAAAAUACUCAAAUUAAGGAACUACAGCAAGAGAAUAAAGAACUAUGGUUGUCUCUUGAAGAACACCAGUACGCACUAGAGUUGAUCAUGGGUCGAUACCGUAAGCAGAUGCUUCAGCUAAUGAUGGCAAAGAAGGAGCUGGACACCAAACCUGUGCUCAGCCUCCAUGAGGGCCACGCAAAAGAGGUGCAGAGCCAGGUGGAGCGGAUAUGUGAGAUGGGCCAAGUGAUGAGAAGAGCAGUGCAGGUGGAUGAUCAGCACUACUGCUCUGUUCGAGAAAGGCUCGCUCAGCUAGAGAUUGAGAACAAGGAGCUGCGAGACCUCCUGACCAUCAGCAAGAGCUCUGUGAAGACAGCGAGAGAAGAAACCAGCCAGCCAGCAACAUCAGCACAAGAACAGUCCCCUCAGUCAGGGUCCAAUGAGUGACCACAACAGGUUCAGUGUGAACUGUGAAUGGGCAAACAAGUCCUCCAAGACCAGGAGACAGGGUUGAAGAUCUCUGCACCUGUGUUCACCACAUUCUUCUUUUUACACAAGAUGAAAUGCAGUCAGACCACAGCAUUUGUUUUGUAGUGAAGGCUACACAACAUUCUGGCAAUCAUAUGCAUUUAUCUGUGGGUAUAUCUGAAUGGUAGCUGUUGUAAGCUUUCAUAUGUAGAGUAUACGUAUGUACACACACACACACGCACUGGAGUAAAGGCAUAAAAGCAAAGGGGAUUUAUUUUGUUUUUGGCCAAAGACACAUUUACUCGUUAAGGACAGUUUCUACCUCUUUGUUGUCCCUUUGCUGUUCAUUCACAUCACAAUGUUUAACAUACUCACAACCACCCCGCUAUGAAUUCACUCAAAGCCCACGAAGAAACCAACUCAUAGGGUGCACCAGUUUAACAGGCUGUGCUUAAUAAUCACUCUUCCAACAUGAUGACUUGUGGCUGUUUCACACAGUUUGCCUGCUGAGGAGUGACAGUGGAUCAUUUCUAUGUGAUUGUCUAUAAUUUUAUGAAAUUGAUAUGUUUGUCGGUUUGUUUGUAGAAUUCAUAUAUAACAGGAUUUCUUAUGUUUAGAGUUUUGAUUGUGUGUGUUUACCACCAGUUUUGUAGUUGACAGAUUUGGAUGCAGAGUAAUCAAAUGAUCCAGCUGAUGGCACACCUUUAUUGAAUGGUAACAAUUUCAAAACAUGCCAAGUUUUUGUGUAAUGGAGUUCAAAUGUUUGUGUACUGUAUGGUCUCAGAAAUUGUAUAUUGUCAUCUCAGGAAAUCAGUGGUAAAAGGGUGAACAUACUGUAAUGACUUCAUGACAGUGUACUGAUUUGUGUCAAAUGAAAUUUCAUUUAGAAACUUUAAAAUAAAUUUGCAAUAAAAUAUGUGCCAA